AUGUCUACAACUUGUUCGCUCCCAGACGUCGAGCUGGGGCUCCUGGAGGACCUUUAUAUGCCGUCCAUCCAGGACAAGAUCGAUGCCCUCGAAGAGGACAACGUUCCAGUCAUUUAUGGCCUCUGGACAAAGCUGCCUACCUGCUACCGAGACCAACCGGCGGCUGAAGAAUCUCUUCUGGAGAGUCUGGAGCAAUCGUACUCUCCAGAAAAAUGUCAAUAA